GCGUAACCCGGAAGUGAACUCGUCCGCUCAUAGUCAUUCAUUCCCGACUGUCAUCUCAGGCGCUGACAGAUUUUAGAACCAUUGAAUUCAAAGCCAACAAACCAGACUAUGGCGGCAGAUUCCAUGGAAAUUGAUGACACUUUGUAUAGUCGCCAACGUUAUGUUCUUGGGGACAGUGCUAUGCAACAGAUGGCCCAGUCACAUGUGUUUCUGAGUGGAAUAGGAGGAUUGGGAAUUGAGAUUGCAAAAAAUAUUGUCCUUGCAGGUGUAAAGGCUUUGACCGUCCAUGAUACAAAGAAAUGUGAAACCUGGGAUCUUGGAACUAAUUUCUUUAUUCGUGAAGAAGACAUUUUGACCCAGAGAAGCAGAGUUGAAGCAGUCUAUUCACAUAUUGCAGAAUUGAACCCUUAUGUUCAGGUCAACAUAUCAGCUGCCUCUUUGGAUGAAAAUACUGAUCUUUCAUUUUUAAAGCAAUUUCAGUGUGUGAUUUUAACAGAUACCAGGAUUUCUUUGCAAAAGAAGAUCAAUGAUUUUUGUCGCCUACAGCAGCCUCCUAUUAAGUUUAUCAGCUCUGAUGUCUAUGGGAUAUGUGCACGCAUCUUUUGUGAUUUUGGCGACCAAUUUGAAGUUUCUGAUCCCAAUGGGGAAGAAGUGAAAGAAAUAUUUGUACAGAGUAUUACUAAGGCAAAUCCUGGUAUUGUUACAUGCCUUGAAAACAGGACUCAUGGUCUUCAAUCUGGACAGACUGUAACCUUUAAAGAAAUUAAUGGAAUGUCAGAGCUCAAUGGGAACACCCAUCAAAUAGAAGUGCUGUCUCCUUACUCAUUUAGCAUUGGUGAUACAUCAGAUCUUGAGGAUUACACUCAUGGAGGAAUUGUUUGUCAGAUCAAAACCCCUAAGACUGUGUGCUUUGAAAGUUUGGAGAAGCAGCUUUCAAACCCUAGUUGCCUUAUAGCCGAUUUCAGCAAACCUGAGGCACCUCUGCAGUUGCAUGCUGCCUUUUUAGCACUGAGCAAAUUUCAGGAACAACACCAGCGGAUGCCACGAAUAGGGUGCCUUCAAGACGCAGAUAUUAUGUUAAAACUAACAGAAGAUGUCAACAUGUCUUUAAUGAACAAAGCAGUGGUAAAUGAAGAGCUUGUAAGAUGGUUGUCCCGUUCUGCCAGAGGCUCUCUGCCUCCAUUGGCUGCAGCAGUUGGAGGAAUUGCAAGUCAAGAGGUCCUAAAAGCAUUGACAGGGAAAUUCUCACCAUUGCAACAAUGGCUCUACUUUGAUGCAGUCGAAGUUGUAAAAGGCACUGAAACUGUCUCCUGUGAAGAGUUCUUUCCCAGAGGAGAUCGAUAUGAUGCUUUGCGUGCUUGUGUUGGGGAGAUCAUGUGCCAGAAACUCCACAGGCUUAAAGUAUUUUUAGUAGGAUGUGGAGCAAUUGGUUGUGAAAUGCUGAAGAAUUUUGCCCUCCUUGGGGUUAGUCUUUCUGGAAAAUCAGGGGAGAUAAUAAUAACUGACCCAGAUUUAAUAGAAAAAUCUAAUUUGAACAGACAGUUUCUGUUUAGACCUCAUCACAUACAGAAACCAAAAAGUACUACAGCUGCAGCAGCAACACUGGAAAUCAACCCCCAGGUUAAAAUCAGUGCUCGCCUCAAUAAAGUGUGUCCAGCUACUGAAAAUAUUUAUUCUGAUGAGUUCUAUUCGAAACUGGAUGUUGUUGUAACAGCCCUGGAUAAUGUGGAAGCCAGGAGAUAUAUAGACAGUCGCAGUGUAUCUAACCAGCGCCCUCUCCUUGACUCAGGAACUAUGGGAACUAAAGGGCACACAGAGGUCAUUGUGCCAAAUUUAACAGAAUCUUACAAUAGCCAUAGAGACCCUCCAGAAGAAGAAAUACCAUUUUGUACUCUGAAAUCUUUUCCAGCAGUUAUUGAGCACACCAUACAGUGGGCAAGAGAUAAGUUUGAAAGUUUAUUCACUCACAAACCUUCUAUCUACAACAAGUUUUGGCAGACGCACUCCUCUGCAGAACAGGUUCUACAGAGAAUGAAAUCCAGGGAAAGUUUGGAAGGAUCUUUUCAGGUUAUUAAAUUGCUCAGCAGAAGACCUGCACAGUGGGAAGACUGUGUAUUGUUAGCGAGAUUUAAGUUUGAAAAAUACUUUAAAAGGAAGGCUGUCCAGCUCCUACACUCUUUUCCUAUUGACACGAGGCUAAAAGAUGGAAGUUUAUUUUGGCAGUCUCCAAAAAGGCCACCUUCACCCAUAGAGUUUGAAUUUAAAGAUGAAUUGCACUUUAACUUUAUUGUGAGUGCGGCACGACUUUUUGCAACUGUUUAUAACAUUUCUUACACACAGAAGGAUGUGUCACCUGCAAGCAUUAUUCAAAUACUAUCAGAAGUACAAAUUCCUAAUUAUACACCAGUAGAAAAAAAAAUUGAAACAGAUGAGAAUGCAAAAAAGCCAGAUCACAUCAAGCUAAACGUAAGCAGUGAAGAAGAAAGGGAGGCCAUUAAUCUGCUAGAAAGAGCCAUCUCCAAUAAUAUUGUGUCAAAAGAGCAUCUUCAGACGACUCCCAUUCUUUUUGAGAAAGAUGAUGACAGCAAUGGGCAUAUAGACUUUAUCACAGCUGCAUCUAACUUGAGAGCAAGGAUGUACAGCAUAGAGUCUGCUGACCGGUUCAGAACUAAAAGAAUAGCUGGGAAGAUUAUCCCUGCUAUUGCAACAGCCACAGCUGCAGUGUCUGGAUUGGUAGCAGUGGAGCUGCUGAAGAUUGUUGCAGGAUAUGGGUUUGAUUCCUUUAGGAACUGUUUCUUUAAUUUGGCUCUUCCAAUUAUCGUGUUCACCAAACCAGCAGAAGUUAGAAGGACACAGAUCCGAGAAGGAAUAUCUUUUUCAAUAUGGGACAGGUGGACGAUUCAUGGAAAGGAAGAUUUUACUCUCUCAGAUUUUAUAAAUGCUGUUCAGGAAAAAUACGGAAUUGAGCCUACAAUGGUGGUGUAUGGCGUUAAAAUGUUGUAUGUUCCAGUUAUGCCCGGUCAUAACAAGAGGCUUAAACUUGCAAUGCAAAAGCUAAUUAAGCCGUCAUCCGAGAAGAAAUACGUUGAUCUGACAGUAUCUUUUCCACCUGAAUCUGAUGGAGAUGAAGAUCUGCCUGGCCCUCCAGUGAGGUACCACUUCAGCCAGGAGGAUAACUGAUUUAUCUGGUAGUGAUAAGACAAGUGUGGACCACUAGGGUUUAGGUUACAGUAUUACAUAAUGCUGUAAAUAUUUUUUUAUAUGUAAACUGUAUAGCUUUCUAUGCAGAUGCCUUAAUGUGUAUUUAAUAACAAUUAUGUUAAAUUAUUCCAACAUUAACAUUCACACAGUUAAUGUCUUGGUACAUACUAUACGCAAAGAAGCAACUUCAAUCAUUCUUAAAUACACUCUUUCCAAUCCAUUGUAUCUGAAGUUAAGAGGUCAGGUGCUGAUCUGCUAAAACAUUUGCACGCCAAAGAUUUUAAUUUCUGAAAUGUAAUGUCACAAUAAACCCUGGAGACAGACAAACCCACUGGUUGAAUUAAUGAUUUUAAUAUGACAUUUUCAGAUCAUUUUCACGCUUCCAAUUUUUAGUGGAAAAUUGAAUUUUUUCCUCCAGUUUCCUGUUCGACACAUUUACACAUUUUUUUUAAAGAAUGUAUCAUUUGUUUGUCCUCAGUUUCACAAAAACAAGAUCGCCACCUUUCUUUGUCUGUAUACUGAUAAUAAGACUCUGGGUUUUCAUUAAAAAAAUCUUACUGUCAUAUGUGAUUUAUUU